UUCCAUUUAGAUUGUAAUUGCUGCAGUGCUUCCAAAUUUUUCUACAAACAUGUCCAGCCACCAGAAGCACAUCAAUGUGUAUGUGCCCCCGAUUAGCAGUUUUCCGGAAGCCAGUUUGCUGGGCGGCUACGGACUGCAGGAUCGCAUUGCGAUGCCCAAGACGACGGAGGUCCUUGAGGAAGACCUCGAUGAGCGGGACGCGCACUUCCUGUACGUAAUCGAUAGCCAGGGACGCCUGUUGGAGCAUGUACGUUACUACGGGGACGAUUACCGGAUGGCACUGCGUAAGGCCUUUGCCACGAGGGUCCUUGACCACCAGGAUACUGGCGUGGAUCUCCUAUUGAAUCGGGAAUAGCAAAGCGAAGAACCAUACCAGGGCACACAACAAAUAAAUUAGCUGUUUCAAUUAGCGCACUUUAUUGCUCGAUGGCCGGAAAAUCAAGUAAAAUUCGCUGUAUUUCCCGUGCCAUGUUUGGUAAUGCGAACAUGCGAAUUUAUAUAAUAUAGACAGCUGUCAGAAUUUAUUGAACAAAAUAAAUCUAUGGUUAUUUUUGACAGCCUGAAAGCAUAA